CUAAACCCAUACCAGUAAAAUCAGUCUGUAUAUGCAAUAAGGCAUGCUUUUUAUACUCACUGUGGAACCUAAGGGGUUCCACAGUGAGUAUCUGCAUUGUGUAAAAAGGCUGUUUGAUCCUCUCUUCUUUGCCCCUCCUCUUAUUCAAAUGUUCACGUCUUAUCUCCUGAUAAGACAGACUAAACCCUUAGCCCUUUUGCACAUGCUCAGUUUAGUGUGUAUUGCUAGAGAGGUUUUUUUUUCUUUUCUUGGGAGAGUGCAUUUGAUCAGCACGGGGCCAAUCAGCACUGUCCAGACAGAGGUCAGGGGUCAUGCAUCCUUCUAGAGCAGGAAGAAAACUCCUCAUAAAAGCUUUAACCAACUGCUCUAACUUCUGAUGAAAAAAGGUAUUUAGCAGUUUAUAUUUACUAAAAUAAUUGCAUUUCCAUGUUCUGUGUACUGUGGGAGACCAGAUAUAGUGAAU